AUGAAGACCCCCAAUCCUCCCACGUGGUUAAGGCUGAACAAUGACCAACUUACCCAUGUGUUGGCGCUCUGCGGUUGGAACAAGGAGGUUGAUCGUGGAGCUGCAGGCAGCUCCAUCUGGAUGGUGAACUGCUUCUACCGUUUAGCCACCUUCAAUUUCACGUCGAUUGCAGGCUUAACCACGGAAACGGUCAUCGAACGACAGAAUGCCGUCUUGAAAUAUAGGCCUUGGAUUCUCAGAGAGAUUGUCAGUCAGGGUUGGAUUCGACGUCCUCAACGGAUUACCACAGACGGGCCUUGGAUCAUCGGAAACUCAUGGUUACAUCAAUUUGGUAGCCUGAAAGAUUUCAGCAUUCAGGGCUUCCACCUUGGAAAGAAGGAAACUCGCUAUGGUUUUACAAGUGCAUACCUUCAUGAAAAUCCUCAUCCAAAUGGUUUGAUGGAGCCAGCAACCACGCUCAAGAUACAAAUUCUGAAGAGCAAGUUUGCCCAAGUCAGGUUGUCCGAAGCCGCUCCUUCAGCACCACCAGGCCCAACUACGACGUGGCAGACUGAGAAGACUGGCUGUCCUUUGGGUCGACGAGAAUGUAAUCCUAGUCCAAUCGAGGUGAAUAAUGUCCAUGGCGAUGAUGAACCACUUCCGGUUGCACCUCGUCUCCAUCUACGAACGCGGUCCUUUUUCCAGGCCCGCCGACUGGCAGAUGGAGAGCGUGAUGGGAGAAGGAGAUGGAGAUGUGUGGAAGACAGUGAACCCUUGAAUAAGCUAGUGGAAGGGAAGGAAGGUGGGACGGUUUUGACUAAAGGUGAUUCUAUGGCCACCCACCACCACUCAGGAGGCUGUAUCCCACCCGAGGAAUCGCAGAACCUAUCAAAAGCUGCACGAACAAAUGGAGUGACCCUCUCACUCUACGGUAUUCCCUCCUCCAUCGACCCCUCAAAGGCCUUUUCUCGGGCCUACUGGUCCAUGAAUGCCGCUUCCCCCAUCUCCCAUCGUCUCUCCACCUCCUCCAUCUCAACCUCAACCCCACCAACAGCCUACGCCCAGUUCCCAACAUGCAGCAAAACCAUCGCUGACCCGCUUAUACCAUUACUACUCCUCCUCCCCUCACGUGCUCCUCGGGUCUUGUCCACUAGCCGUACCAAUGGUUCAAGCACCCGUUCACCCGAGUCACAACCCGCGUGUCUUGGAGGAGCGAUCACCAGCGAGCUUGAUUUUCCUGGACUUUGGGAUGGAAUUAGAUUUGGAUACAAUCGUCUCGCAGGAUGUUGUGCCCAGUCUUCGUAUCCGGUCACUCCAUCAGCACUCUCGAUGAAAACUAGCACGACCGCGCUCGUUCCUCCCGCAACACACACCCUCAACAACACAACAGAAGACAUUGAACUAAUUGGAGAUUCGACAAAGAGCCCAACCGUUCGGAUGCCUGUACCCCAGGGAUUCCCAUUCACUGGGAAUCUCCUCAGACCUGUCCCCUUCGUUUUGCAGCAGAAACAGCUCUCCUUCUCUACAUAUCCCCAAGCUGCCUCAGCCUUCCGUGCCGAUAACCUUCCCUCCACACCCUUCAACACGCUACAUUCUCCGGAACCCUCCACACAAUUGGAAGACCUUCCUUUUGGCCGACUGGGCUACCUCCCCUCUUCCCCAUUGGUCAACGCGCUCUCCGUGUCUAGUCCUGAAAACGCCAACCACUUUCUGCGACCCUUGACAGCGCGCGCUCCACCCAAUUCUGCCCUCAACACCUCAUCCUCCAUCCAGCCCAAUCUCGACAGUACGCCCUCCAACCUCGACCAGGCCUUCAGCUCCCCACGAAGGAAGAAGGCGAAGAACCAAAAAACACUGUAA